AUGGAUUUUGGACUUGAAGGCAAACUGGCAUUUGUGGGUGGGGCGAGCCGCGGUAUCGGCAAGGCGAUUGCCCUGGAAUUGGCGCGCGAGGGCGCCGACGUGGUGGUCGGCUCGCGUUCCAUGCCCGACCUGGAACAGACCGCCGCCGAGAUCGUCGAAACCACCGGCCGUCGCGCCAUUCCCAUGUCAUUUGAUGCCACCAACCGAGAACAGGUUGACCGCGUUAUCAACGAUGCCGCCGAUACGCUGGGCGGGCUGCACAUUCUGGUCAACAGCGCGUCCCUUCCGGGCGGCUCACCGUCGGCGACCGGCCCCAUUGAGGACCUGAUCGACGAGGAACUCCUCAGCGACUUCGACGUGAAGUUCGUGGGCGCGCUGCGCUGCUCCCGGGCCGCCAUUCCGAUGCUCAAAGCACAGGGCUUUGGCCGCAUCAUCAACAUCAGCGGCCUCAACGCACGCAACGCCGGCAACCUCAGCGGCGGCGCGCGCAAUACCUCGCUGGUGCACAUGACCAAGACCCUGGCCGCGCAGCUGGGUCAGUUCGGCAUCACCGUCAACUGCAUCCAUCCCGGCACCACCCGCACCGAGCGCACGCCGAGCCUGCUGGCCUCCCGCGCCGAGCAGCUUGGCGUCUCACCGGAAGAGGCCGAGGCGCAGGACUUCUCUCCCGGCUCGGCCCGAGGCAACCACAUCUGCCGCAUGGUCGACGCCUCGGAGAUCGGUUACCUGACCGCCUUCCUGGCCUCCGACAAGGCGUGGGCGAUCACCGGCGAGUUGAUCGCUGCCGGCGGCGGGACGGGCAGCGCGGUGUACUACUAA